AUGGCGCCGCCGCUCAACAUGCUGAUCCGCGCCCUCGUGGCCUUUGAGGACGUCAUCAUCCGACAGAUCCUGAAAAGCCCCGGCUUCCACCGCGGCGUCGGCCGGGUCCAUCGCUACGUUGACGAGAAGCGCAACGGGCCCCUGCCGCAUGAGCCGUUGCGCCAGGGCCAGGCGUCUGCGAACCCGGAGGACCGAGGCUUCGUGCAGUACUUCCUCGACGAGCUCAAGAACCAGUUCCGCGGGACCCCGACGAACCCGCCACCUCCGCCCGGGCCGCCGAAGCGAUAA